CUGCAGUGUACCGAGUAAAAUGUCUGCUUCGAAAGGAUCGAAAAAUAAUUUAAACAAAAUGAUUCAGUAGCCAUAGCUAAAAUCAAUUAAAGUUAACGGAAUAUUCAGAUGCCGCAGAAAUUACAAUGGAACACAUUUGUGAGACAGACAAAACAAUAAGCUGCAUGCCUUAAAUUGUUUUUUAUUUAAGUAGAUUUUUUACAUGAAUCUCGUAGGACAUAGUGAUAGUGUAAUAUGAAGUGAUUUGUCACAGUGCUGACAUUUAGUGAGUGAUAGAUGGUUGACGGUCUAAACGGUGCCAACAUGUCUGAUGAGGAGGACUCUUCGCCUGAUCGGGCGCAGGGACCCACCAACAAUGUACCAGUGCUGGGCAUCAAACGUCUCAAACAGAUCGAGACGAUGUUCAUAUCCCGACGGCUCCAGGCGCCAAGGACAAAUGGUCUUAGCGUGGAGACCUUGGUCGAUAUGCUCCUGGUCCUGUACGACGAAUGCUGUAACAGCAGUCUUCGAAGGGAGAAGGCGAUAGCAGAUUUUAUAUCUUAUGUACUUAUCUCGUGCACUCCAAUUCCUUCCAUCCAUCUGCAAACAAAUCAAUGGUUGGAUUGGAUUCCGUGA